AUGACCCUAUCGAGCCACACUCAAGCCCCCGCCAGUCGACAUAUCCCCUACUGGCGCCUCGUGGCCGAGCAAGGGAUCGUGACACAGGAGGUCAUCGAUUUCCCAUAUCCGGGGUCUGGCACAGAAGAAGACCCUUACGCCAUCACCUGGAUCCCCGAAGAUCCUCGCAAUCCCAUGUUGUUCAGUCCCUUCGUAAAGUGGUUCAUCACCAUGAUGGCUGCGAUUUCGACCCUGGCGGUUGCACUGGUCUCAUCUGCAUAUACUGGCGGUGUGGCCGAGAUCGAAAGACAAUUCCAUAUUGGCACUGAGGUGGUCACUCUGGGGGUGUCGCUGUUCGUGGCCGGGUUUGCAGUGGGUCCCCUGCUCUGGGCCCCCUUGAGUGAAAUGUUCGGCCGUCAAAUCGUUUACUUCUUCACCUACAUGGCGCUUGCAGCUUUCAACUGCGGAACUGCAGGAGCCCAAAACGCGUGGACUCUGAUUAUCCUUCGAUUUUUCGCUGGCGCUUUCGGUUCUUCGCCUCUCACCAACGCCGGUGGUGUCAUUGCCGAUAUGUUCCCUGCCAAGGAAAGAGGUGUUGCCAUGAGUCUGUUCGCCGCUGCUCCGUUCCUAGGCCCCGUCCUCGGCCCAAUCAUCGGCGGAUUCCUGGGCAUGAAUGCAGGCUGGAGAUGGGUGAUGGGGUUCCUGGGGAUUUUCUCAGGGGCGCUCUGGAUAGCGGGAUCCCUCCUGAUCCCGGAGACCUAUGCUCCAGUUCUUCUUCGUCGUCGCGCCGAAAAGCUGUCCAAACUCUCCGGCAAGGUGUACUACAGCAAGCUGGACAUCGAUCGGGGCAAAGUCAGCGUCGGGGAAGCGUUCAAGACCUCGCUCUCCCGUCCAUGGAUACUGCUGUUCCGCGAGCCCAUCGUGUUUCUGCUUUCGCUGUACAUGGCCAUUGUUUAUGGAACCUUGUACAUGCUCUUCGCCGCUUACCCAAUUGUCUUCCAGGGUUAUCGUCACUGGAAUCAGGGCGUUGGCUCACUUCCAUUUUUGGGAAUCAUGGUCGGUAUGCUUGCUGCCGUCGUAUACAGUAUUUGGGACAACAAACGAUAUGUGCGCGCGGAGGAGAAGCAUGGCGGCUUCGCCCCUCCCGAGUCGCGUCUCCCUCCUUGUAUGCUGGCCUCUGUCGCGAUCCCCGUCGGCCUUUUCUGGUUUGCUUGGACCAAUUACCCGUCUAUCCACUGGAUGGCUAGCAUUGCUGCUGGGGCUCCGUUUGGGUUUGGUAUGGUGCUGGUGUUCUUGAGUAUCAUGAGCUACCUGAUCGAUACCUACACGAUCUUUGCUGCUUCGGUUCUGGCCGCCAACUCUGUUCUGCGAUCCAUCUUUGGUGCCGUGUUCCCGUUGUUCACCACCUACAUGUACCAAAACCUGGGUAUUCACUGGGCCUCUUCGAUCCCCGCCUUCCUUGCGCUCGCGUGUGUCCCCUUCCCCUUCCUGUUCUACAAGUACGGCUCGGCUAUCCGUCUUCGUUGCAAGUACGCCGCCCAGUCGGAUGCUUUCAUGCGCAAGAUGAUGCAGCAGAUGAUUCAAAAGGUUGAGGCAGAGGAGGAGGAGCAAGCCGUGGAGGGAGAACCCGAAAAGUUCGACCGCACCGAAGCCGUAGCUCCCGCCAAUGAGGACGACGGAGAGAGCUCCGAAGCCGAGUCGAACGUGGAUGAACUUCCUGCUAUGCACCAGAUCCGCAGCAAGGCAUCUAUCCGCACUGUCGCUUCUCACCGAUCGCUGUACGAGGCCAACCCCUAUGACAUCGACCGCGUCAACACCCGCGAGUCGUUCAAAUAA